AUGGAGGCUGCGGGCGCUGGGACAGGGGCAUCGGCCUCCCGGCUGGAGGCUCCCGAACCCUCGGACGACCGACUUUUCCUGGUUAAAGGUGGAGUUUUCCUUGGGACUGUUGCUGCAGCCGGAAUGCUAGCUGGAUUUGUUACAACAUUAUCACUGGCUAAAAAGAAAAGUCCUGAAUGGUUCAAUAAGGGCAGUAUGGCCACGGCUGCCUUACCAGAGAGCGGAUCUGCCCUAGCCUUGCGAGCACUGGGCUGGGGCUCCCUUUAUGCCUGGUGUGGAGUUGGUGUGUUGAGCUUCGCCGUCUGGAAAGCUUUAGGAGUUCACAGUAUGAAAGACUUUCGAAGUAAAAUGCAAUCAAUAUUUCCAACAAUUUCCAAGAGUUCCGGAUCGGCUGUUGAGUGGGAGGAAGUGUGGAAAUCCAAAUGAGAUGAGCGUGGA